AGAUGAGGUAUCAGUCGACGAUUGUUUAGCUUCGACAUAUAACGCUAUAGAACUUCCUCCAAGAAAACCAUUGCAAACUCAAGAUAAGCUUACUACAACACUACGCUAAGAAAGGAAGAAGAAACUAUACUUUGACAUAUUACGCAAUAGAAUUAUAUCAUUAUACAACAGUGUACAUAGUCUGGUGAUCACGUUACUGGAAGUUGUAAAUAUUAGGCAGUGAGUCAUCUCACAUGACUUCAUUUUACACUGUGUAUUCACGACAAGGGGUUUGUAUAGAUGCUACAAAUAGCAUGUAAGAUCAUUAACACUUGUUAAUACUUUGUAAACAUCUGGAGGUGUGUGAUUGUAAACUAUAAUCCCAUAUUCGUGUAGUAUUCUCCUGAUAUUGUCUCCUUGGCAUAUAUAUUAAUACUAUGUGUAGGAUAAUAUAAUAUCUAAGUCGCAGUGACGUUUCAGGAGAAAUUUUAUUACAAUGACAAACUGGCGGAAGUGAACAUUAGUUUAUGUUUGUGAUUAUAUUCAACCACACAACGCCACACAUGGCUAUCCCCAGACAAGAUGGUAUACAGGAUAUCAAUGCUGACCUACUUGACGAUGUUUCGAACCACCCACCACCACGUCCUCCAAGAAAACCAUUGCAAACUAAAGAGAAACUUAUUGAAGAACAACAUCUAAAUAGAAACUCAAAUCCCAGACUGCCAAAAAUCGUGAACUUAAUGACCUUUCCAAACGACAAUGAAGACACAAAUAAAUUAGCAGCAAGCUGGGAUGUCUGCACUGGAAAUGCAUUCGAUAACAACAUUCCCGAAUGUACCCUUUUAAACCUAUGUGGCAAUUCUAAAACCGACGAAACACACCAUAAGUUUCACUCUGGAUUAAAAACAAACAUGUCCGACAGCCUUAACAAGUAUUUUAAUGGCGAGUUGUUCCAGCAAUCUUCUGAUCUGAACACAGAAACAAGACCCAUGUUUUAUACGCCUGAUUUUAGUACAUGUAGCAGAGGUAUUGAUGCCGUACAACCCGCAAACAGUGUCGAUUUACCAACUCUGCUGGGAGAAAGACAAAACAGACAAAGUGAUAGUUUUGAAGUGAUAGAUUCUACGGAAUCCAUAACGCAUCUCAUGCAUACACCGUCACAGUCGUCGAAACUUAACGCGAUGGAGAAUCAGUCGGACUCGGCAAGUUCUAUAAGGUCCUGUGCGUUUUUGAAUGGCUACUUCCGAGCUAACAGUAUCUAUUCAUUAGAUGAUACGAAUCCAAUUAACUCAAUGGAAACCAUUCAGUAUAGUGACACCAAAUCUGAAGAACAGGACAAUAUUUGGGGCACGCCUAAACUUAGACAACAAGACUUGUAUUUAAAAAUGCUCAGAGAACAAGAAGUGAACCAAAUACAACAGCUUCAGAGAGAUACAAGUACAACCAAAUAACCAGGACUACUAAGCAUUCAUCAUCCUAAGUUGUCCUCUCAACGAUCUGUGAGCGAAAGUGAUAUUAAUAAUUCCAUGGAAUUUGAAAACACAGAAACAAGACCCAUGUUGUAUACGCCUGAUUUGUAUACAUGUAGCAGAGGUAUUGAUCCUGUACAAUCUGCUAAUAAUGUCGAUAUACCAACACUGCCGGAAGAAAAACUUCAAAGUCAAAGUGAUAGUGUUGUAGUGAUAGCUACUACGAAAUCCACCACGCAUCUCUCGAAUACACCGUCACAGUCGGCGAAGCCUAACGCAAUUGAGAAUCAGUCGGACUCGGCGAUUUCUAAAAGUUCCAGUACGUUUUUGAAAAGCUAUUUCCGGGAAAACAGUAAUUAUCAUUUAGAAGAUGUAAAUCCACCAGUCACAUCUAAAAACAUUCAGGAUUGUGAUACUGAAUCUGGUGAAAAAGAUGAUAUUUGGGACAUGCCUACAUCUAGACAACAAGACUUGUAUUUAAAAAAGAUCAGAGAACUGGAACAAGAAGUGAACCAAAUACAACAGCUUCAGAAAAGUUCAACCGAAACUCUGGAAGAAUCGAACAUUCAUCGUCCUAGGUUUUACUCUCAGCGAUCAUUGAGCGAUAGCGAUAUCUAUGUAUCCUUGGAUUUUGAAGACAACAUGGUAGGUCAAGAUAUCACUAAUGAAUGGAUUGCAGUCAAAAGUAAUAAUCAUGACAUGAAAAAAUCCUCAAGCAUAGACAAUAUCAACAGGAGGACCAAAAAGGUCAGAUCUAGUACAACAAAACAUGAUCCACCUAAUAUGGGAGCAUCAUCAAGCUUUGAAAAUAUCAAAACCAAGCCCACCAAGCUGUGGCGAAAAAUAACUAAACGCGAUAAAGACAGCUCUGACGGAACAUCUCAAAAACUUUCAAUCAAAGUAGACGCCCGGGUGGAGCUGUCAUGUCCACGUGAAAGAUCGUGUGGACAUGUUAAAAGGUUGGUGACAACACAAGGAGGGUACAUGUGGGUGGCCUUCAUUCAGUGUUCCUGGGUUUCCUUGUACAACAAUAGACACGAGAGAGUGUACAAGUUUGAUACACGUGGUUGUGUGGAUAGUUUGGCAGUGUCUGCGACCGGAGUCCUCUAUGUCUCGUGUCCUCCUCAGAAGAGGGUUAUCAUGCUGUCAUCAAAUCUUCAGAUGACAGUUCUGCGCUCUUUCACGAAAUUGUAUCCACGAGGAGUUGCCGUUUCCCCGGACGACGGCACCCUGAUAGUCUGUAUGACGUCUCAGCCUGUGGGGCAUGAGAUGGAAGAGCCUUCAAAGGACAGUUGUCUGAUGCGAUUCAAAGGCGAAACGCCAAAGGAAACCGGGACAAUUGUGAACAAAGGAAAUUAUUUCGGAUAUCCGGUAAAGGUAACCAUUAACAUGAAUGGACUUUUAUUAGUGUCAGAUUUCGGUUUGAGAUGUUUGUUUGUUUUGGAUAAAGGAGGAUAUAUGUUGAGGACGUUUUCUUCACUAGGAGGAGGAUCACUGUGGCAUGUACAUGCCCUUACAAGUAACCCCGUUAGAUCGUUCUACGUUGUUCAAGGAGGAGCUGGGACACUGUCAAUCACACGACUGGGAGAGUACCUAGGAACCUUCGAGGAAACAUCGACAUCAACUAAGGAUGAACGUUUAGUAAAACGUACAGUUGAAACGGCGUCAAUGAAUACGGAGGGGCAGAUAGUUCUAGCAUCUGGAAAUAUCAUCACACAUGUUUCUCUCAUGUAUUCGUUAUAAGGUGCGGAUUGUCAGACAUUUUUAAUGAAAAACAGUCAUAAACUUUUUUCGCUCUAUUGUUUUGAAACGUUGGACAGAUUUUGGUAAGGUUAGGAUUAAAGAAACUAAACAUGCUCUUCUUCUUAGAUGGUAUUGUAUAGGAGGCGAACUGUAUUUUCUAAAUCGACAAUAAAGUAAA